AUGUUACAUUUUAAUCGUCUUUAUAUUGUCUUUGUCUUUUUAUUAAUAUCAUGUUGGUUACAAACGAGUAAAUGUAGUCCGUUACUUGAUAUAAACCGUAGUCAUUAUUCAUGGUAUGAUAUGAUCGAUGAAUUAAUGAAAAAUAAUGGUGUAACUAGUGAAAAAUUAUCCGCAUUACCAUCAUCAUUAUAUCAAGAUGAAUUACCAUUUAAUGGAGAGAAAGACAUAUAUAAUAAUCAUAAUUUGGAUCAAUAUAUUCAAACACACUAUCCAUCAUUGUACAAUAAAAAACUACAACGACGAUUAAUUGAUUUUUAA